AUGUGGAUCACUUGCAUCUUAAUCAUUAGGACAAACCUCCUGAAAUUCGACUACUACGAGACGGUCACAAGCUUCUUCGACAAAUUGCUCUGCGUGGUUAAAUGCGGCUCCCUGCUCAAUGAUCUUGAACAUCAGUUCCUUGCACCCUCCACUAACACGCCCGAACUGCAAAUCUUUAAAGCGUUUGACGGCUUCACGAUCACCUAUUACUCCCACCUUUCCAAUUUAGUAAAGCGGUACAUAAGACGUCUGCUCACCCUUAUAUUAAGUCAAAAAGCCUUAUUUGUGAGGACCAGCGGUCCAGACCAGCAAAUCAAGCGCGCCACCACUGUUGCCUUCAACCUUGCGCUCAUCAUCACCCACAACGAGCUCAACAACGAGCUCAAUGUUCCUACUUUUUGGCCAUUUUCUCUCCAGCAUACCGCUUAUUCUUACUAUGAUGGCAUCAACAGCUUGAUGUACAAGCAACGUGGCGUAUCAUCGGCUUCCCAACAUGCUUUAACCAUGUGUACCUUGCCUUCAACCACCACCAUCGUCCAUCCUGUGUUUCUGAUGACGAAAGGCAACUUCAGCACACCUGGUACCUCACAAGCAUCGCAAAUAUCUGUUGGAGGGAGGAGGAAUAGGGUGGUCCGCAACCAGGACUGUGUCAAACGAGCAGCCCAGCUUCAAAGCAUGAAUCUGCACCAGAGAGAACAGUUUCUUCAGGCCGAACAUAGUGUCACUGCACCCUCAUCUGACUUCGACUACGACAGAAUCAACAAUGAGAUGGAUCUUCCAAGUAUCAUCCCCCCCAUUGGUGAGGAAGGUUUUGCAGUUAGUCAUGAUGGCGGGGAGAUGGAGCUUUAUGAGGAACUGGGCCAUGCCUUAUCAUGCCAGCAAAUUCAUAUUGAUGAUCGCGACCGUCAAGACCAUACAGCCAGACUUGUAUAUGCAUGGGCAGACCAGUACAAAGCCCUUGUCGAUGCAUAUCUCCAGUUUCGUCACCAAAAUCCUUCGUUAGCAUCCCUCAACACAAGUAUCCCAGCUUCCAAAGACACCUUUUCAAUAUGCGUUGUUGACAUCUUCGAACGACAGCAAGGUGUCUUUAGUCAUUGCUCGCCACACAUUAAUGCUCAUCGCCUAUUGCAGCCAACUGUGGCCAUCACCAUACGAACACUUGAGGCUUAUCGUCAAACACAUCGUGUAUGCCCGAGGCUCAGUAUUCAUGCAGAGGCGAAGAAGUUAUGUCACUUGCACGGUGUGUCUCUUCGUGUCUCACAAGCCCUUGGACACACUGGUCCUAACUGGCAUGCAUGCAAUUUGUGUCCCUGUUGCCACUACAAAGUCCAGGAUGAACCCAAGCUGAGGUUUCCCUUUGAGAUCGCACUGGACGGUAAUAACUCGGCAAAGUUUGAUGAAGUCAAGAACGCUCGACGCUCUCACUGUCCAAACACCUCGGCCCCUGCUGAUAUUGUGGAUCCCGAUGAUCCCUGGAUAUAUUGCGAGAAUGAAGACCAGGAUUCAAAUGAACCAGUCGAUGUUUGUGUUGAUCGAUGGCGUAAUGCCGCAACCGAGGCCCGCAAGCGCAUGUUCUCUGUUUUUCAGAAGUCUGGUAUUUUUGUUGCAGUGUGCCGUCAUGGAUUCCUUUUGUCCAUAUGCGACAUGGUCCGCAGUGGCGAGCUGAUGAAAUAUCCGCUGGCGACAAUCAACAAAUUGAUGGACAUUUUUGCUGAGCAGUUCCUUUAUGGCUAUGAUAUCAAAUGCGCAUUCCAUUCCAUCCUUCAAUGCUCAUCCUUAGGACCUGCUGUACAAGACCUUGGUAUUGAGGGUGUUGUGCCUGGAUUCCAUGGACACGCCCAUAACCGUCUCUGUCAAGUCCAACAUCACUCUAAGUUCAUGCUUGGCACUGGCAAAGAGGACUUUGAGACUUGCAUCAAGCCCUUGACAAGCAUUUUUGAUUCGCUGAUCAAGACAAGUAUGCUGCUCUCAAAGGCUGGUCGACAGCGACUUGGAGAUAGUGUGGAGGUUGAGUACGUGAAGGCACUGAACGAGUUUGAUGCGGUGCGGUCUCAGUGGGAGACUGCUCAACACAAAUUUAAUCAACUCGACCUGCAUGUCAUACCAGAUGGAUUCACAAACAAGGAUAUUGCCAACAUCCGCCGCCACCGCACCACAGCCCAGAACAAGAUGGAGCUAAAAGGUCAAGUAGUUGAUGAUUUUGAAAUUCGCAUGGGGAUCGAGGAGAGAUGGAUGACGACUCACCCUGAAUGUGUGAGAGCGCAAUCACGUAUUGCUAACAUGCAGUACCAUAAAGCCCUCGAUGACGUGGAGCGUCUCGUAGUAAUGCGGUUGCUUGAACUUACGAAGCUUCAAAUGAGCGGUUUGGAUUAUAAACUACGAACACAGAUUGCAAAAGCUCUGAAGACUCGCGCAACUGCAAUCCAGAAUGCACUGAACCGCUACAACAAGUACGCCGCUCAACUCGAGUCCCCCCGGCCACCAAUCACUUGGGAACAGAUAGAGGCACUUCCAGGAUAUUCAGGCGGCAGAGCUGCAGGAACACGAGUUGGUCGCAUGGACAGCACUCCACUACAAGACCAACCUGAGGCUGAUAUCAAUGAGCGAAAUGUAGAUGAUGAUGCAUAUGAUGAUCCUGACGGCGAGCAGCAGACUUUGAUGGAAGACUUUUUUUGA